AUGGCGCGACGCAACAGACCCCACGGCAGUGUCAACACUAUCAACACUGGUACCUCUCGCCGUCGUCGAACCGCCCAAGGACAGCUCAGAGAUGUCUCACGGGAACGGGAAGAACAAGCAGAUCGUAAUGAAAGUCUCAACAUUGCUGAACGACUUGGCCAUAUCCCCCCCCUUCGUCGUCGUCAUCGGACCGAACCGUUACAGCAUCUCCCUGACCCAGAUCAAGCCUACCCAGCACACGAGCCACUGAUUGGCAGCUAUCUUGAUGAACAACUAGACCCUUCCAUAGAAGAAGAACUCCCGACUGCAGCCCAUGCUGCAUACCAUCGAGUCCGCCGUUACGCUGAAACCCGAGAGAGAAUUAGUCAAAGAUGGAGCCAACUGGAAAUCAGCCUCACCGCAACCUUUACCUUGUGUCAGACAAUCACAAGCAACUGGACAUCCCAGGCGUCAAACUACGAGCUGCCUCCAAACACUUGUACAUGUAAUCCCGAUGACAUCCGUACACGGAAGCGUGAAAAGUGGGCCAUCAAGUGCCCCUGUUGCUUUGGACCUCAAGAAUGUGAAAUCAAAGGCCAUCCAGACAAACCCGAUGUAAUCAUUGCCAUGGACGGCAAUUUUCAGCAGCGUCACUACGCCUACGCAAGCAAGGACAACCCGCCAGAGUCAAAGUAUCCCAGUAGCUUUAUCCCACCAUCCGGCAUUGCUCUUGAUGCUACCCAAUUUUCCGCAACCAAGGGUGCUGCAGUGGGGAUUGAUCUUGAAUCUGCAAAUCAAAUACACGAAGAAUCAGCUCUAGCUUUGGCUGAACUCCAUCGUGUUGCCAACCCUCACACUCCUGGUUCCAACUAUACCAAUCAGUUUUUCGAACAACAAUGGAACGAUGAGCAAGCUUACCAUGUCAACACUAACCGGACAGCGGAUAGGGAACAGGUUGAACUUGGACGUCUGUUGUGUUUGGAAGAGGAAUUGAAUGAGGCUUGGUAUUUCAAUCUUUCCUUAUUUAUUGGUCCAAAAACUAUUUAA